UUCGUUCUCGUCCUUCGUUCCCCAAUCUUUCUUCCUUCCUUCGCUUAAACACACUUUCAUCACCAUGCUGGACACAGUCACCUCUUCUUCUCUUUCGUUCUCUUCCAAGAAGAACUUCUACUCGACUCCUUCGUCGCUGUCCAUCAUCCUCCCUAGCCCCAAGAACUUCCUAAUCAGCUAUGGUUAGUGAGCCUCACGCGUUACCCUUGCGCGCCGCUUUAACACGUCCACGUCUAGCUCGUAGCUCCGUCCUUGCCGCUAUGGAGAAGGCGGUUCACAAGGGCUACUUCACCGUCGUUGACCAAGAGGGCACCUACUACUUCGGGACGCACACCAAGGGGUGCAACGAAGUCUAUAUGAAAGUCACCAGCAGCGACUUCUGGACGCGGAUAUUAUUCUCGCAGGAUCUCGGAUUCAGUGAAGCUUACAUGAUGGGUGAGGUUGAAGUCAACAGCCUCAAGUCUGUUAUGGACCUUUGGCUCGACAAUGAGGCUGGAAUGGACGGGCUCACGCCAACCAUAGCCCGCAUUUCAUCAGCCCUCUCUGGCAUCUCGAACGCGUUCCUUGGCCAGACGCGGUCAAGGGCACGUUUGAAUGCGAUUGCUAGUUACGAUCAGUCGAACGAGUUGUUCAAGGCAUUCUUGAGUAACGAGAUGAUGUACUCGUGCGGUCUAUGGAGUGACGCCGAGAACGGAGUUCGCGGUGAUCUGACGGUCGGGCCUACGCCAGGCGAUCUUGAAGCGGCUCAGCUACGCAAGAUCCGCCACGUCCUUACCAAGGCACGCGUCAAGCCCGGUGACCGCAUCCUCGAGUUUGGUUCCGGAUGGGGCGGUCUUGCCAUUGAGGCUGUCCGUUCUUUCGGUUGUGAGGUGGACACCUUGACGCUUUCAAAAGAGCAGAAGGCACUUGCCGAAGAGCGAAUCAAGGCGGCCGGAUAUGAGAACUCUAUCCGUGUUCAUCUCAUGGACUACCGGGAGAUUCCGGCUUCAUUCGAGAAAGCUUUUGAUGCUUUUGUCAGCAUCGAGAUGCUCGAGCACGUGGGAUCAAAGCACUAUCACAACUACUUCAAGCUUGUUGACUACGCACUGAAGUCUCGAGAUGCAACAGUUGUCGUCAGCGCCUCGACUUUCCCAGAAUCAAGAUACUCCGGCUAUCAGCCUGAGGACUUUAUGCGUCGGUACAUGUGGCCAAACUCGUGUCUCCCCAGUGCCACUGCCCUGAUUGAGGCGGCUAAUUCUGGCUCGGAAGGCCGCUUCACCCUUGAGGGAGUUGAGAACCACGCUGCUCACUACCCACGGACACUCCGUGAGUGGGGAAGGCGGCUGGAAGCCAACGUUCGUCAGGAGAUGAUUGCCAAGGACUACCCAGAGCUCAAGGACGCUGCCUCCUUCGAGAUCUUCAAGCGCAAGUGGCAAUAUCUCUUCGAAUACGCUGGCGCAGGCUUCGCCAAAGGAUACAUUACGUGCCAUAUGCUCACUUUCACCCGGGAGAAUGAUUGCCCCGUUGCCUGCGACUAAGCGGCAAUUCCUCUUUUUCUCUUGUAUCGUUUGAUAAGAUUUGACUCCGGCAUUGACGCACCACGGGCGUCAUGGGCACUUUAUUAUUCACCUAUAGACUCUUUCGCUUUUUAGACCUAUCUUAGCACAUUCUCUAUACGGCUACGUCAUCUGUAUCAACUCCCUUAGCGCAUACUUUACACGUUCUCUAGUCUUAUCUUUAUUUUUCAAGGAAUUUGUAUGUGAUUUGCUUGGUUUUCGUUCAAUUAUAGAGACUGCG